AUGGAACAACUUGUGGUUACUGUGGCUGUUUGCCGACUCGCCAUUCUAAAAAGGAUGCCCACUACUCCUCUCACUCUGUUGGUGGCACAUCGGCUGCGGGAACAAGUGAAAGCGAGAAGUGGAAAGAUGAAGGUUCCCGAACCCAAAGGGCGAAUAUACUAAAUUCUCAAAUAGUACUUUGCCAAAAUUCUACCUGUCCUUUUGGACCACUUGUCCCUACAAGGAACGCUUUCGCCACACUUGGGUAUUUUUCCAAGCUAGAACAAUUUGAGAGCCUUCAUUGUGAGAAAGGAGAGCUUUAUAUGGAGUAUAGGCAAAUGUUGUGUCAAGAGCGAAAUGGCCAACUAUGUGAAUUUUGCGAGAAGGAUGAGACUACCAGCGCUCCACUUCCAACUUGACGACCAUAUCCCGACUAUGGCAAGCUGCCAACCUUCCAUUAUCUCUCUUGGAGUGCAACCCCCACCAAUGGCCGUGAGCCGGACGACUUCCAGCCUCGAGCUCAGAUUAAGAGAUUGUUUGAGGAAAGUGAACUAGUCAGUGGGGACAGUGAGGCUAUUAGAAAGUUUUCAGAUAAAUACAUUGUCCCCGAAAAACUUGUGGCAGAGUAUGUUGAACACCUUGCCCAGAUAAAAAUGCGCAAGGAGAAGAAGAAAGAGGAGACUGAAAGGGAGCGAAUGGAACGGCUGAACCGGCAGUACAAUGGCAUUGACUAA